AUGGCAGACUUUGUUCAUGGUGAUCAAGCUGAUCUAAAACAUGCUCAUGAUGUUAAGCAUUCCCAUGAUCUGGAGAGCGGCCGUCUCGAAAAAGAUCUUGGUCCUGCCGUGAUUGCGGAAGGAAGUCAUGAAUCCGUGGGCGAAUCCGACGAGGUAAUAGUGGCUAGGGAACUUGCACAACAGAAAGGCUUCUUGCGCACACUGCGACGUGGUGAAGAAUGGCUUGACGAGAAGAUGGGAAUAGAAACGCAAGGCAUUGACAGAAUACGUGAAGAAGACAAGCAACCUCCAUCGAUUCUCAAUGUGUUCUUUCUCUGGUGGUCUCUCACAUGUCAUGUCGGUACCCUACCGAUUGGCAUUCUUGGUACAGAUCCUGAAGUCUAUGGCCUCUCCUUGGGUCAGGCGAUUGGCGCCAUUAUCGUCGCCACUGUUUUGGGAGCCGCUUGCACUGCGUUCUGUGGCACUCUAGGUCCAAGACUCGGUCUCCGUGCAAUUGCAUCUUCUCGAUACUCUUUCGGUUUCUACGGCGCAAAACUCUGCUCGAUUCUUAAUGUUGUUGUUGGUGGAGGUUUUGCCGUGGUCAACAUUGUGGUCGUGGGUCAGAUUUUGGCAGCCGUCUCCGAUUAUACAAUGACAAUCGUGGUUGGAAUUAUCAUUAUCGCCAUCAUCAGUUACAUCGUAUCAAUUUUCGGCUUCAAACUCAUUCAUACAUGGGAGAAAUACUCGUGGAUCAUGACAUUCAUUCUCAUGUGUAUCCUGAUUGGCCAAAUUGCUCCCAAGAUGGAGCCAAGUCUACCGUCUACUGUAUCUGGUCUCAAUUUCUCUGGCUCUUGGUUGAGUUUCUUCGCUGUAUGCUUUUCCUCCGCCUCGGCAUGGUGCUCAAUUGCUUCGGAUUACUACUGCAACUAUCCUGCGGACACUAAAGGCUGGAAGAUGUUCGUCCUCACUAUAAUGGGAAUUUGCCUUCCUACGAUCUUUGUGACAAUUAUAGGCGCAUGUCUUGGCAAUGCAGCAUUGGCUUCACAAUCAAAUCCAUCUUUAACAACGGCAUAUGAUGACCAUGGACUUGGUGGUCUUCUUAUAGAGUCUUUCCAUCCUUUCCGUUUCGCCAAAUUCUGUCUCGUCCUCCUGGUUUUCUCCGUUAUCGGUAACAACGUGGCGGUAAAUUACUCCAGUGGUCUAUCACUUCAACUACUUGGUCAUUAUUUCCAUGCAAUCCCGAGAUUUGUUUGGUCAUUUGCAAAUGCUUUGGUCGUUGCCGUUCUCGCAAUUGCCGGUAGAGCGCACUUAUCCACUAUUGUCAGCAAUUUUGUCUCUCUCCUGGGAUACUGGACAGUCUCUUACACAUUUAUUCUCCUCAUAGAGGAUAAAUGGUUCCGUCGCACAGAAGGUUACGAAUUGAACUAUUGGGAUGUACCAGGCAAACUACCAUGGGGUUUGGCCGCCGUUUUGUCUCUUUUGAUCGGUUAUUUGGCUGGUGGUUUGCCGGGUAUGGCUCAGGUUUGGUAUGUCGGUCCGAUUGCAGCUAAAUUUGGACCCUUUGGAGGUGAUGUUGGAAUUUUCCUAAGUGCUGUCUUCACUAUCGUGACGUAUCCUCCCAUGCGAUGGUACGAGCGCAAGAUGACUGGCAGAUAA